GGGAUAAAAUAUCAAAGCUCAAAGUUUGCGGCUCUUCCCUUGUGUUAAAACACUUGGAGUUAGCCUAUUGCUUUGGUUUGGAGUCACUUGAAGUUUCCGCUCCGAGCCUUACUUCGCUUACGCUUACGCGUCUAGAUGAAGUUUUGCUCGAGAACGUUCCAAUGCUAGUUGAUGUAUCUGUCGAUUGUUACUAUGACGGCCGUAAUUUUAUAGAAACAUUUAUUUACGUAAUGUCUCGCUGCAUAUUUCAAUUGGAGACUCUUAAAUUGGUGCUGACACAGUGUCCCAAUAGCAUAAAAGAAAAUGAUGAGCUGUGCAAUUUUCCUCAAAUGCCCAAGUUGAAGAAGUUGUUCGUUGAAUAUGGUACGUUUGAUGACGGAAUUCUUGUUACAAUGGCUUACUUUACAAGGGCAUCUCCUUACUUGCAGGAAUUUGUUUUGGAGAAUAAAUUGCAAAACCCUUUGUUAAAAAUUAAACCAGUGAUUGGCGUGGUAGCUAAUGUAAGGUUUCAGCACGAGCACAUUAAAGUGUUCAAACUUUGUGGGUAUCGGGGCCGACCAAUUGACGAUGCAGUAUUGGGUUUCGUUUUGGAGAAUUUCGUUGUGCUUGAGAAAAUAAUUAUCGAUCCGUCGGGUGUAAAUUAUUGCUUUGACAAAAAUAGGCGCUUAAAAUUGGAAAAUGCUGCAAGAGACGUGGCGAAGCAACAUCUUCAACCGCAAUUGCCUCACCGCGUUGAAUUGGUUAUUCUCUAA